GUGGUAAAUGUGAUAGCGAAAUAUGAACACGAAAAAGGGGAAAGGCAAAAACCGACCUAACAAACCCCCUAAUCCUAAUCCCCCUCAAAAACAAGAGGUUGCCCAAGCUCCUGAAAAAGUUGAGGAACCAGUCAUUGAAAAUGUUGAAAGUGAAUUGAAAUUUGAAGAACGUGUGCCUGAAAUUGUCAGUGAUGUUGUAACGCCAUCGGAAGAAGUGAAAAGUGUGGAAGAACCUAAAAAACCGAAAAGAAACAGAGGUAAGAAGAAGAAACAUGAUAAAGAUGAAAGUGAUGAAUUUGGAGAUAUUACCGGAGAUAAUAAUACCGGACAAAAAUGUGAAGAAGAGGUGAAAUUGGCUAGACCUGUUGAAGAAAGUAAAGAUAAAGGUAAAACUGAAGAACCAAAAGAAGAAAGUGCCUCUGUAAUGCCCGUUGUUUUGCCAGAUUUGGCGAUUUCUACUAAAUCUAAAAAGAAAGGUAAAAAAGACUUUUUGGAACCAACAAGCAAAGUCACGGAAGAUGUCGUAAAAUCUGAAGAACCUAAACAGAGCUUGCCUGUAGAUGUAAGUGAAUUUAAUGUUGUCAUGCACGCUGAUGAAACGUCUAAACCUGCAGAAGAAAGUAAGACUUCGAAGAAAAAGAAUAAAAAGAAAAAGCGCCAUGAUUCCGAAAAAUCCGAUAAGGGUGAAGAAAUAUCCUGUACUACAGCUUUUCAAGAACUCUUAGGUGUGGAAGAGGAAAAGAAAUUAAGUGAAGCUGAAACUAAGACUGAAACUAUUAUUGAUUCUACAUCUCUUUUACAAGAAGAAGUUGUCGAUUCUGCAUCUAUUGAGACUGCAAGCAAAAGCAAUAAAAAUAAAAAGAAAGGGAAAAAGGAUAAAAACAAACCUGAUGUAAAAGAAGAAGUUCAUCACAAAGAAGAAAGUGCAACAAAAAUUGAGACUGAUAAUAGUGCUAAGGAAGAGGCGGAAAAUAUUAUCAAAGAAAGUUUAGUUGACAGCAAAAUAGUCUCAGAAUCUAAAGCUCCUGAGGAUAUCAAAUCUGCAACCGAAGAUGUUAAGCAUAAAGCUAAAAUUGCAAAACCUGUUGAUAAAAAACGCAAGGAAAAAUCUAAUCAAGCUCUGAAGGAAGGCGAGUUAACUGAAAAUGUUACUCUUACUGAAAUGUCAACAACUGAAAAAAUAAAAGGUUACGAUGAUGAUAACUUAACGAAACAAACAGAAGAUUCAGCAUUAUUACUUCCAGAAAAAGUAAGCCAAUCAGAAGAUGUCACUACAAUGUCAUCCGAAAAUAUAAGUUUGACGCCUAGUGAAAAGAAAAGGAAAAAGUCACCUAAACCUCCUCCAAAACAACAACAUGAUGUUACAAAAGAUAGUAAGAAAACCGAAAAAAAAGAUUUUGGUACACUAGAAACACCCACAAGCGAAGAAGCUCAAGAGAAAAUAACUAUUAUGGAAACUCCUAAACAUAAGAUUUUGGAAACUCCCAUAGAAAAACAAAUUGAGCCCAAAUUUACUAAAGAAACUGAACCUCAUGCAGCAACAUCUACUGCCAAUUUAGAAGUCAAAUCUGGAAAAAAGAGAAAGAAGUCUCCGAAGCCUUUAUCAAAUUUGGAAAUUUCAGAUAAUAAAACACAAGACGUUAAAAACAAACAAUCGACAGUAGAGACGGAACCGCCAAUACCUCCGGUAGAAAUUUUUGAAACACCCAUGCAAACCAAGAACGAAGAAGGUUCAGAUGUAUUUUGUGAUAUGCCGCUUAUGGAAGAUAUUGAAAUAAGCAGUGUCAAAGCGGAUGAAUCUGAAGGAUCUAUUCCGGAAAUAACGCCUGAUAUUCAAUAUCCCCGUGCAGCCAGUCAGCAGCGUGUCGAUGAUAAUAAUAAUACUAUUAUACGAGAAGUUGUAUCUCCAAGUGAUGUCAAGUUAGGCAUACCCGUUUUUGUUCCUGACACACCGUUUAUUCAAGGGGAAAAUAUUUCUUUAACAUCCCCGGAUCUAGUAGCAUCUGGCAUUAGAGUUGUGGAUGUCGAAGCAAAUGUUGUAAAGCCGAGUGAAGAAAAAACUGAUAUUAAGUCCAAAAUGAUGGAAGUUAAUCAAGAUAUGGAAGAGUUAAGAUUGUCAAUUGAAAGAUCUUUGGCCGAGCUGACUAGUAUAGAAAAAUCUGAACAGAACUUGGAAAGGCAAUACGACAAUAAACACAAAAAUGAAGAACCACAAUCUAGUCCUGCUGAUAAAUCUACUUCUGAGCUGGAAUCUAAAAUAAUCGGCGAAGAAAGCCAAACAACAGAAUCGCCUAUUUUGAUGAUCCAUAAAAAGCCAUUGGAAGCUAUAAUGCCAGCCCCAUCACCUCCACCAAAACAUAAUAAAAAAGAUAAACUCAAAACAGAAAAUGUAGGCAAUCCUUCUUUGCCCGUGAUUCCAUUGCCGCCUCCACUUCCAAAAGAGGUACUAGAGCCAAUCACAGAAGAAAUUAAACCCCUUGAUACUGCAAAAAGCAGUGAUGUUGCUCCUGUAUGUCCCGCAAGAAAAGACAAUAAAGGCAAAGGUAAAUCAAAGAAGAAGGGUAAACAAGAAGCCGGUCAAUCUACUGCUAGCGAAAGUAUAAGCUCUACAGAGCCACAAAGUUCAAAAGAAUGUUCUCAAGAUACUAAAAAAGAGGAAAAGAAGGAGCAGAAGCCUGACAGCUCCCAGAGCGAUACGAAAAAGCAGUCUGAUUCAUCUAAUGAUAACCAAAAUAAAACUGGCAUAUCAGAGAGUGAAGUAACAAAUCAACAUUCUGAGUUUGAACCAAUUGAAAGUUUUGAGGAUGCUAUGACAUCCAGUGCGGAUGAUGUAAACCAAACAUUUGAAAUUAUUGCCAGUGAAACCUCCGGAUCUCAUGUUAAUCCCGAAAUCAAUAUCACCGCCCCAUCAGAGGAACAGAAGACAGAACCAAAAGAUGAAAAACAAAACCCAGUUACGCCGCCAAAAAACUUGUUAGGCCACCCCGUCAUUCCUGUACGAUCGAAUAAAAUGGACUACAAAAAAGAAAAGAAUAAAACACCGAACACAAUACUUGCUAAAGUGAAAAUAAAAGAUGCUAUUGAAAUUGAUUCGCGUAAACAGUCGAAGGAAUCUCAAACGGAUAAUAUAAAGAAGCUGAUGAAGAAGAAAUCUAUCGAUGAAUCGAUUUCUACGUUAAAUGAAAACGAAGAGUUCGUGUACAAGUAUAGCUUUAGAAAAGUGUUUCUUCCCAAUGUGUGUCACGUGUGUAAAAGAGAACUGAAGCCAAUGAGAGUGUCUUGUAAUUUUUGUCAUUUGCUGUUUUACUGCAAUCAGAAACAUAAAGACGAAGACUGGCCGCAGCACCAGGCUUUUUGUUUUGCUGUGUCUACUAUUGUUCAUCUUAAAGAUCAAAAGCAUAUAUACGAGGACGCAGCCUCUGUCACCGGCCACAGCUACCGCCUUCUCCGCAUGCAGAUGAUCGUUUCUUGCGAGAAAAUCCUGAAGAGGAAACUAGUCCCCUGGGAACAGGAAGCUCUGUUGUAUCCCAGACUGUGUGGGGAUGUGGAGUGUCGGGAGUGGAGAAUUAACAAGUUGGCAGACUGUAAUGGAUGUGGUCAGAUAGCGUACUGCUCAACAAACCCAGACCAUCUACCCAGAUCUCACCAGCAUUGGUGCAAGUCAUACUCUUUGUAUCAGAAGCUGGUGUGUUACCAGCAGACCAGGGGCAGGUUGGAGCCCAAACUACCCAGUAGGGUCAUGUCUGGCCCGUACCAGAUACCCGACAAGAUAAAUGAGGUGUUAGCUGCUAUGUAUGAAGAGAAGAUAGAUAUGAGUGACGUAGAAUACGCAGCCCUGACUCAACUAGCCACGGCUCCUUUAACCGCCGUCUACAGCUACCAGCUAUAUACCAACAAGAUGAACUCUAUCUACGCCAAUGGGACUUACAAGAAAACCUCCUUCACCAUCCACGUGGUGGGCGCAGAGUUGCAAUUCGAAGCUGACGCCCUCAACAAAUGGGAGAUCUUCUUCUUGCACCUUCGUCCAGACAUCAUAGAGUUGAGAGUCGCUCUGAUAGCUCCAGAUUUAAACCCGUCCAACUUGCCGUUGGAUCUGCUCGGGAAGAUCAAACUCUGCGAGCAAUGUCGUCAAGAUAAACGUCGCUUGCUGUUCAGCUUCCAAGACAGAAAGACUUACAGCGAUUACUACAGAAGUGAUGAAUUCAUUACGCCUGAUAUUGUGUGCGCUUUCAACCCCUCAAUCCAAAGGUCUUCAGUUUACAACGGCAAGGAUCCCUGGCCAUCCACCAUCAGCUGUAUCCUCAAGCAGAAGGUGCCAUUCAUCAUCACCUCUUACACCAUCGAUGAACUACGUCGAGACCUAUCCAGAGUUAAAGAAUGCGCCGAUUACAAUACAAUAUCUGAUCCUAAAUACAAUAAUUUCGCAAGCGUGCGGCCCGAUAGGAAUUUUAUAACGGACGAUGAAAUCCCUUUGUUGUUCAAGAAUUACUGUUUUGCUGUUGUAAGUGGUGUUUUUUGA